AUGCCCAAAGAAAUUAAAGACAUCAAAGAUUUCUUACUCGUUGCGCGACGCAAAGACGCCAAAUCGGUUACAAUCAAACGUAAUCCGGAGCGCAGCACCCGACAAGGCAACACCAAAUUCAAAGUUCGAUGCAGUCGUUACUUAUAUACAUUGAUCGUGGCUGACAAGGAGAAAGCUGAAAAACUCAAACAAUCAUUGCCACCUGGUCUUAAUAUGAAAUUAUCAUUCGAUUUCCUAGUCAUAUGUCUGUGUGCAAUAAUAUUAGCACCGGGAAAAGUCAAUAGUUUAUUCGAAGAUCAAGUAGGCAAAUUUGAUUGGCAACGUCAGCAUAUUGGUUUCAUCGAUGAUUCUCAUCAACCGUCCGGUAGUACUAAUCGUAUUAUUGUUGCCAGUCGUGACAAUGUUCUCGCAUCACUCGAUUUAUCAUCAAGACAAAUGGGUAAUUAUCUAAUCACUGUUCUCUCAUUUUAUUAUUUGAAGCAAAGCUGA